AUGAAGGUCCAACAGCAGGCUGUUAAUGUACUAGAGCGGACAUCAUCUUACUUGAAGUCAGGGCUCUUGAAAAAGACUCCGGCAUGGUAUAAUGUGGUAGCGCACAUUCCGCCCUCCAAGCGAUUUGUACGUGAACCCCGUUUAGUGAACCCAGCUACCAAUGAGCCAACAGCAGAGCUUGCAGAUUUUGAUGCAGUUUCCAGAGACUCGAAUGGUACGUACAAGACCAGAGCGAGUCGUGCGGACAAGGCCGAAUCGGGAAACAAGUUAUACAGGGCACCAAAGUUGAAAUAUGUGGAGGAUAAUUUGCGGGAACUUUUCUACGAGCAACAUCCUUGGGAACGCUCAAGGCCUAAAUUGCUCGUGGAAGACACAGGCGUACAUGACUACGAUUGGAACACGAUCCAGCAGCUGGGUAAGCCACUGGACGGGGAAAGUGUCAUCCAAAGAACCCUUCAUUUGCUACAAACUAAGACACAGACCGAAUUGCUUGCUGCCUAUGAUCAAGCAAGAUUCGAAUUUUACCGUCUGCGGAUUCAAGAAGAAGUACAGGCCCAAGUUGCCCAGGAAGAGGCCGAAAUGUCAGGAAGUGUUUUCGGACCCUCUGCUAUCGACUUUGGUUUACAAAAGGAGCAAAAAAUCAUCGAUGUAUGGAAACAAAAAGCCAUCGAUCAAUCGGAACUAAUGUCAGCGAGAAAUUCGAAUCCAGCGGAGUCGUGGUCAACACCUCAGCAGCAAGCGGAUUCAGAAGUCAAAUCAUCAGAACAUCAAGAAAUUCAAAUUUAA